AUGGCCGCCAACGGACAGGCAGACCGCGCGGCGCAGGUGCGGAUACAGCUGAAGACCAAGGAUGGAGAGAUCGAGUUGCCGCAGGAGACUGGGCCUAUUUUGGUGUCAACAGAACUCAAAAGAUACCAACUCUCGACACUGGUAAAUCGACUCCUCGACACGGAAAAGCCAGUACCACUGGAAUUCCUCAUCAACGGCCAAUUCUUGCGAACUUCCCUGGACGAGUUCCUGACACAAAACGGCAUCUCAGCAGAAACCCUUCUGAAUGUGGAGUAUGUCAAGGCUCUGGUGCCUCCAUUGCAUGUCGCGAGCUAUGAACAUGAUGAUUGGAUCUCGUCUGUGGAUGUUCUGUCAUUGUCUUCUGAAGCUGCGCAAUGGACUAGUACGACAGACCCCAUCCAAAACCGCAUACUUUCAGGAUCGUUUGAUGGCAGUCUGCGAGUCUGGAACACGAGCGGAAAUGCAGUAGCGACUGGCCAGUGGCACAAGUCUCGCGUCAACGCCGCCAAGUUUCUCUCACCAACUCAGGUCGUCAGCGGUAGCGUGGAUAGGUCUGUCCUAUUGUGGGACUACAAGGAUUCGCAAACCUCAACCGGAACCCUGAAACCCAAACUCGAGCUUCUGGGCCACACGUCCUCCGUAGAAGAUGUAGCCGUCCACGCCCCAUCCUCACGAAUCCUCACAGCCUCUUCAGAUCAUCAGAUCGGCAUCUGGAGCACCAAGAAAUCCGAAGGCCCAGCGGCCCUAGAACCCACCACCACCCCAUCAUCCAACAAACGCCGUAAGAUUUCCGGACCAGAGAUCACCAUCCCUCAACGCGGUGCCCUCUCCCUUCUCCCAGGCCACCGCAGCUCCGUAAACUCCAUCAUCUUCGACUCCACCGACCCCACAGUCGCCUACUCUAUCUCCUCAGACCACUCCCUCAAAACCUGGGAUCUCCCCACCACAACCUGCAUCGACACCCGCACGACCGCCACAGCCCUCACAUCCCUCUGCCAUCUCCCCGACCACGGUCUGAUAGCAGUCGGCUCCGCAGAGCGACACAUCUCCCUUAUUGACCCCCGCGCCAACGCCACAAAAGUCGUCGCCAUGACGCUUCGAGGCCAUUCGGGCUGGAUCCAAUCCCUCGCCAAAGACCCCUCCUCAUCAUACCAAUUCGUAUCAGGAUCCAACGAUGGGACGUGCCGGAUCUGGGAUAUUCGCAGUGGAGGGAACGAAGCUGGCGGCGAGAGGGUGGGACAUAGUGUUUUUGUGAUUGAGCGGGAGAGUCAAAAGGGGGCGAAGAAGGCUGAGACGGGGGAUGCGAGUCGGGUGUUUGGUGUGGCGUGGGAUCAGGAGGUGGGGAUUGUGAGUGGUGGAAGGGAUAAGAUGUUGCAGAUAAAUAGAGGGUAG